AUGAGGAGCAUUAUUAGAUAUCUGUCGCUGGCUGCAGCUGCGCAAUCAGCAAUCGCCGUCCAUCUCGAUGUGACCAACACAGAUUCGAUUAAAAGCGCAGCAAAAACAAUUGCAUACGGAAUGAUGUCCUACUACAAAGGCAAUGUCACCAAUACCCCCGAAACAAUCGGAGUGCUUCCAGCUCCCUUAUACUGGUGGGAGGGUGGGGCUAUGUGGGGAUCUAUGUUGGAUUAUUAUCACUUUACCGGCGACGAUGAAUACAACAAGGUUGUGACGCAAGCAUUGCUCAGCCAGGUCGGUCCAGAUUACGAUUACAUGGUGCCGGUCCAUGCGAAAGAUGAGGGCAAUGACGAUCAAGCCUUUUGGGGUUUUGCUACAAUGUCAGCGGCCGAGAAGGACUAUCCACAACCAACAGUCGGAAACUACUCUUGGGUACAACUCACCGAGAAUCUGUGGAAUACUCAAGUCAGACGCUGGGAUACAUCUACAUGUGGAGGAGGGUUGAAGUGGCAAAUUUUCACAUUCAAUAAUGGAUACGAUUACAAGAAUUCCGUCUCAAACGGAGCUUUCUUUCAGCUGUCUGCGCGACUAGCUCGAUUUACUGGGAACCAGACAUAUUUGGACUGGGCAGAAAAAGCCUUCCAAUGGAUGAAAGAUGUCAACUUAUUGGACGAUGACUAUCACAUCUACGACGGCGCAAAUGAUGACAAGCACUGUAAUGACACCAACAAAGUCAUCUGGACGUACAAUGGAGCAAUUGCGUUAUAUGGUUCAGCAAUUCUCUACAACUAUACCAAUGGCUCUUCUACCUGGCAAGAACGAACAAGUGGCCUUUUAAACGCAACAGCCAACUUCUUCUCUCCCUUUGACAACUCUUCAAACAUCAUGUACGAGCCAGCUUGCGAGACAGUAAACACAUGCAACAACGACCAGUUCUCCUUCAAAGCCUACCUCUCCCGUUUCAUGUGGGCCACUACCCUUGUCGCGCCAUGGACAGCACAAUCAAUCACCGCCAUUCUCACCGAUACUUCCAAAGCAGCCGCACAAUCCUGUUCUGGGCCGAGUGACGGCGUCACGUGUGGGGAGCACUGGUACGAAGGCGGCUAUGAUGGUAAAUAUGGCGUAGGGCAGCAAAUGAGCGCAUUGGAAGCUAUCCAGGGUCUCUUGAUCGCCGACAGUGUGCCGCCGUUGCACAGCGGGCAAGUGCACCUGUUAGCCACUACCGCUACAACAACUACGAGCGCGACUCCUACACCGACCGCCACGGCUACCCCGACACCGACGAAGAAGAAGAAGAGUCUUGGAGGAAGGAACGAGCCUAAUUCAUUGAUGUGGUCAGUCCCGGCUAUCAUGACUGUCAUGAUGGGGAUGACCGAGUUGUCGUUCGGAACGAGAAUAUAA